AUGGUAGCGCCACUUGUCAAUUCGGCACACGUGCGACCGGAGAGGUGCCUGCUGUUGAGCGACCACGUCUCCAGAAGGGACAGGUCGUCUCCGACAACAGCGCAAGCAACGUACACGUCCUCCCGGCACGGAGAUCGGCCCUUAGAAUACAACUCUUCGGCGUCGCUAUGCGAACAGCUGGCUACGAGGUCCCACGGUGGAUCAGCGCAGGAAUUCGCCCGUCUUACGCCAAGCAACCUGGCUCGCUACCAGUUGUAUUUGUCCAGGACAGAAGACAGUGCCUCGUCCAUCGAGGAGGUGGUGCGAACGAGAUCAGGCCGGACGCUUCGCAUGAGACCGACGAGAUGCCGCCUGCAGGAGCGCCCUCGUAAGAAGCGUCACGUGCUGCAGAGUAUGGCCCGGCCCUUGAAGAAGUGGCUCAUCCGUCACCGGGACAAGCCGUACCCGAGCAAGGCCGAGAAGCUGGCGCUGGCGCUCGGCUCGCACAUGACUCUUGAACAGGUCUCCAACUGGUUCGCCAACGCGCGCCGAAGGCUCAAGAACACGGUGUACGUUCCAGGUAUGAACUGGGGUGACCGCAUUCGGCAGUAUAACAACUUCAUUUCGGGCAACACCGAGCCGCUGAGCAUCAGUUCUGACGACAGCAUCUGGGACAGUGACUGCGAGCAGCGCGGAGGAGACGGUGACGACGGUCUUGUCGAGGAGCGGAACAGCAGUCCGCUUCAAGAACAGGGUUCAUGGUUAACCAUGUAUUCGAGUUUGAUUGCUUGA